UCAUCUGUUAGUCGUCAACAAGUGUUUGUUAAGGGCAGUUUGUUUGUUAAUAGAUUGAUCUUAUGUACGUGUAAAUUAAUUAUGUACAUUUACGAGUUGCCGUUCGAAAUAAAUAAGGAGCUGUGUAGAUUACUCGAUAAUGAUGAUGAUUGGAAAGAAUUGGCUGGAAUUCACAUGAAAUAUUCUGCGUUUGAAGUAAACGAAAUAGAGCAAGUAGCAACUCGGCAGACAUCAUCUCCGACGGACCAAUUGUUCAAGAAAUGGGGUCAGUUAAACCAUAGAGUGGAAGAACUGUUCAUAUUACUUCACAGAAUGAAACACAUACCAGCUCUAAGGACCCUUGUACCAGUGGUGGAUGCAAGGUUUCAUAGAUUACUUCACAAACAUGACAGUAAGAGCUUAAAAGACAAACACACACCACCCAGUGAAGUGAAUUUAAACAAACUGAAGACACAGAAAGUUGAUGGAAGCGAAAGCUCUCUGCCGUUACCUGUGAUGCUCAUCGAAAAGGGUGUUCAACUGCCAACAGCUAGCCCGGGAACCGAAAAUUCACAAACAGAAAAUACUAGCACGGAAUCAAGUAAAAAUUCAACGAGUCAAGCCAGCAAAGAGGGAUUUGAUAAUGAGUUCCUAAGGAACGUGUCCGCUAUACCGAUGUUGAGUUAUGAAGAUCUCAGGGAAGCGACCAACAACUGGAGUGAAAGCAAUUUACUGGGGAGAGGAGGAUUUGGACAGGUUUUUAAAGGCGAGUGGAAAUUACUUCCGGUAGCUGUGAAACGUCUUCGCGACAACGAUGACAAGAACAGGGAGCUCAUCCGGGAGAUGUGCCUCAAUCAAUACAGGCACGACAAUAUCCUGCCCUUAUACGGGUACAGUUUGGGCGGUCCCGAGGCGUGUCUCGUGUAUCAGCUGAUGGCGGGCGGAUCCCUGGAACAGAGACUUAGGUAUAAAACAUCACACCCUCCGCUAUCUUGGAACCAAAGAUACAGAGUCGCUCACGGUGUUGCCAGAGGUCUCCAAUAUUUACACACCAUGGCGGGCACACCACUGAUACACGGUGAUAUUAAGCCUGCUAAUAUUCUCCUCGAUCAAUGCACUAUGCCCAAGAUUGGGGACUUUGGUCUCGCAAGAAAGGGGCCUUACGGUGAAGACAGAACACAUCUGAAGGUGUCCAGGGUGCACGGCACCCGGCCCUACCUGCCCGACGAGUACCUUCGCUCGCGGUGUCUGUCGCCCGCGGUGGACGUCUUCAGUUAUGGUGUUGUUAUGUUAGAGAUGGCUACCGCGUUACCAGCCAUUGAUAAGACCAGGCCUGUCUUACUUUUGAGUGAUUAUAUGCAACAAUUGGCUAGCGAAGGGGUGGAUUUCGGUAAUUUCGAAGAUAGAAUACUCAAAGCGAUAAACAAUUCUAACGUCCACCUGUGUAGAGAAUUCGUCUCAAUAGGACUACAUUGUACAAAAUAUUCUCGUCAAGAGAGACCCAACAUGCUGGAAGUGUACAAAAGACUGAACGCCAUGGAAUUUCCAGGAAAGAAUUUAACUUGACGAAAUAAAAAUAUUUAUAUGAUUAUAUGAAGCAAUAUUAAAAAGAUGUGAGAACAUUUUUUAUCUGUGGUAAUUGGAUUAUAAUAUAUAAUUAGUGUGAAAAGGAAAUUAUCAUCGCAAUGAAAGUGAAAUAAAAUUAAUUCGACAUCCGAGUUCACUUCAAUCUUUUUUUAAUAAAUUGAGUUAUAAGAAUAAUAAAUUUAAAAAAAAAACGGUCACGCUAUGUGACAGUUGAUUGAUGUCAACUUAAUCAGUUAUUAAUGCCGUUGACACUGAACUUAUUUUAAGCAUAAAUAAUGUAUAUAGAGACUCGUUAUAAGCGUAUUUAAGACUAAAUAUGACUUCCAACUCCGCCCGCAGGAAAGCUUUUUUUUAAUGCUGUGGCUUCAUUCGCACUGGAAUCGUAGAAGACUGCCAAUGUCAAGGUUAUUAUUUGUAUAUAGUAUAUUAUUUACACUAUAUAAUAUAAUUAAGUUUGUGAAAUUUUCCAGUUUUGUUAUCAUUAACAAUACAAAUGACUUCCAAUAAUUCUGUAACGUUUUUAAAACGUACAUCUGAAAGUAAUUCUCGAAAAACGUAAAAGUAUCGACGGUCUGUGAAUUGAUUGGCGAGGGAAGAAACUUGCACGUAUAUUCUUUAAUUAUAAUUUAUUAGUGUAUGGACUUGAAAGAUUCUAUUCGCUGUCCUGUGUAUUAAAGGUAUUGUAAUAAUAUUUGAAUUAAUGAAAAGAAAGUCGCUUGAAAAGACCACGAUUUAAGUCACGUUGAAGAAAAUAAAAUAUAUUUACAAAAAAAAAAUAUUCUUGUUAACACAUUUAAAUGUUGACUGGGAUUGUUUUUAUAUAUUGUUAUUUAGAAUUUCAUGCUAUUGUAAUGAAGGCCAGUGUACAAAAAUAUUUUUCAUAGAUUAUAUAUUUACACAUGUUAAAUUGUCAUUUCUACUUUUAUAAUAAAUCUUUAAAAUAUUAA